AUGAAAACCCUCAGCACUUUGGGCGUUGCCCUGUUGGCAGGAUGCCAUGUUGCAUCUGCGAAGGAAAUUGUCAACCCAGCCAAGAAUGAGAAGUACACCAGCGGAGAGGUUCAUGAGGCUCUCAUGGCUGCCAAGCAUGUAGGUGACAGACCAACCAUAAACUUCCGACAGCUGACACCCAAUGGCAUCAAGGCCACAUGGGCCGCACGAGAGGCGCAAGGUUUGAUGGACUCGACCAUCUAUGCUAGCCGUGACUCUGCCGCCGAUGCCGUCCCCUGUGUUGGCGGUCUCGCUGAAGUCGUUCCCGGAGAUGCCAACAACACAUUCAAAUGUAACAACAUCGACUUCUACGACUUCAAGAGCCAUGCCGACCUGGGCAGCGCGAUGGGUGGUGGCUCCUCGUCUUGGGGCUGGACAAGUGAAGACGGCCGAGAGUUCGUCGCCGUGGCCCAGCGCGACGGUGCUGCGCUGGCCGAGAUCAACGCGGACGGCAAGUUGAUCUACUUGGGCCGUCUGCCCCAGUACCCGACCGCCAACGCCUCGCUCUGGAGAGAGAUUCGUGGUUACAAGAACUUCCUCGUCAUUGGUUCUGAAGCAUACUACCAUGGCAUACAGAUUUUCGACAUGUCGAAGCUUCUUGAUGUCGACCCAGCCAGUCCUGUGACCUUCAACAAUGAGGAAGACCUGACGGGUUACUUCAACGGUCUCCCCGUCGGCAGAACUCAUAAUGUCGUCAUCAACGAAGAGAAGCAAUACGCCGUCGCCGUCGGCGCCCAACCCCGCACCCACAGCUGCGCCUCGGGUCUCAUUUUCAUCGACCUGACCGACCCCUCAGCUCCCUUCUCCCCCGGCUGUGCACCGGGUGACGGCUACGUCCACGACGCGCAGUGUCUUGUUUACCGCGGCCCCGAUGAGCAGUUCGACGGGCGUGAUAUCUGUUACGGGUACAACGAGGACACCCUGACGAUUUUUGACGUCACUGACAAGAACACGACCAAUAUCAUUAGUCGCACCAGCUACGACGGCGCCAGCUACACGCACCAGGGCUGGGUCACCGACACGCAGUGGCAGGAGUUCCUUGUUCUUGACGACGAGUACGACGAGUAUGACAAGGCCGGGGAGGGUGCUUCUGGAUACCCCGUGACCUACUUCUGGGACAUCCGGUCGCUCGCCGCGCCCAAGUUAACUGGGUUAUACCGCCACCCCACCAAGGGAAUCGACCACAAUCAAUUCGUCAUUGAUGGAUACGCUUACCAGAGCAACUAUGGCUCGGGACUGCGGAUCGUGGACAUUUCCUCGCUGCCCGAAGACCCUACUGGCGCCAAUGUGAGCGAGGCCGGGUAUUUCGAUAUCUACCCCGAGGACGACGAGGCGGAGGGUGGAGGUAGUGUUGAUUUUGUUGGAACUUGGAGUCACUACCCGUUUUUCAAAAGUGGCCACAUCCUCGUCAACACCAUCGAGCGGGGUGCGUUUGUGGUCAAGAGAACCGACAUCUAG